UUUGGGAGUUCAGCGUGCGUUAAGCUAAAACAACAAAACAAUUUACAGUGUAUGAGUGUGUGUGAUGUACUUUUAGGACAGAUGAACAGUUUUUCGUGUCUACGGCAGGAUGCACGUGUCCGCUAAGUGUCCGAACCGGAGACUUGUGCGCUGCAACUCAAGCUAACGCCUCAUCUGUAGCUGGAGUUAGCAGUCGGCUAACUCUCAGCCUGCUGUUUCUGUCACAACAAGAGCGUUUGAGAAGCGAAGACACCAUGGCCAAUCUGGAGCAGUGGGUGAGUGACCGCCUCCACGACAUCCUCGGGCUGAGUGACAGAUACGUGUCUCAGUUUAUGAUCGGCACUGCUCAGAAAGCAUCAAGUCCCGAAGACUUUGUGGCUCGUCUCGAGCAGACAGGCACGAUUGACAUCGACCAUAGUGUGGCCGCAUUCGCAAAGGAACUCUUUGAAAAGGUUCCUCAUAAACAGGUUGUUGAGAAACCGUCCCGAGCGGUGGAACGGCAAGCAAUCGAAAUGGAGAGGAAGAACCGGACGUACACGUUACUGGAGGACAGCGACGAUGCCGAUGAAGAUGCUGCGAGGGAGAAACAGAAAGGAAAAAAGAAAAGCAAAGACAAGGAACGCGGGAACAAGAGGAAGCACAUCAGACAGAAGAAAGGCAGCGAGUCGUCCAGCGAGGAGGAAGCACCUAAAAGGGAUAAGUCAAUUCAAGAGGACCACAAGUCAGUAAAGAGAGAAGAGGAGGAAGAGGAAGAGUGGGAGAAGGAAGAGAGAGAGCGACUGCAAGACAUCGAGGAGAGGGAUGCGUUUGCCCUGCGAGUGAGGGAGAAAGACAAGGAGAAGACGCGCAACAUAGCCGAGAGGACGGACAAGAAGGCUUAUGAGGAAGCUCAGAAGAGGCUGAAGAUGGCUGAAGAUGAUCAGAAGAAUAUGUUGCCAGAGUUGAGGAAGCGCUCUCGAUGGGAAUAUCUGAAGAAGAGAGAGUCGGAGAAGCUGGAGGACCUGGAGGCAGAGAUCGUGGAUGACGAGUACCUCUUCUCCACUGAGGAGCUGACAGAGAGGGAGAAGAAGGAGCUGGAAUACAAACGCACCAUUCGGGACCUAGCUAAAGAUUACAAAAAGGCCGGUGCCAAGGAGCAGGAGGAGAGAAAGAACAGAUACUACAUGCCGGAAGAGAAUAGAAGAAAGGAGGUGCCACAGAGGGACCUGGAGCUGGAGGAAACCCCCAUGGAGCUGGGAGGAGAACAGGGUCGCUGGGAGGAGGAGAGGCUGAAGACGGCCUCCCUCAGCUUUGGGGCCAAGAAGGAGCGAGAGCAAGGAAUGAAGCAGGAGCAGGAGAAGUACCAGCUGAUACUGGAGGAGGAAGAGAUGAUCGACUUUGUCACCACCGCCAUUACCAUGAAGGGAACUCGAUCUGAAAAGGAUCAGGAUGCUCCGGCUCUGUCGCAGGCUGAGCUGAAAAAACAGUCAAUGCAGGAAGUCCGACGCAGCCUUCCCAUCUUUCCCUACAGAGACGACCUGCUGGCCGCCAUCCACGAGCACCAGAUCCUCGUCAUCGAAGGAGAGACGGGCUCGGGGAAAACCACCCAGAUCCCUCAGUACCUCCUGGAAGACGGCUACACCAAAGGAGGCAUGAAGAUCGGGUGUACACAGCCUCGCAGAGUGGCAGCCAUGUCAGUGGCAGCCAGAGUAGCAGAGGAAAUGAGUGUCAAGCUUGGUAAUGAGGUGGGUUACAGCAUUCGUUUUGAGGACUGCACAUCAGAGAGAACCGUGCUCAAAUACAUGACAGACGGCAUGCUGCUUCGAGAGUUCCUCACCGAACCGGACCUGGCCAGCUACAGUGUGAUCAUCAUAGACGAAGCCCACGAGCGAACGCUCCACACCGACAUCCUGUUCGGUCUGAUUAAAGACAUCGCCAGAUUCAGAUCGGACCUGAAGGUGCUGGUGGCGAGCGCCACUCUGGACACCGAGCGCUUCUCCUGCUUCUUCGAUGACGCGCCUGUUUUCAGGAUCCCUGGCAGGAGGUUCCCCGUCGAUAUUUUCUACACAAAAGCUCCAGAGGCAGACUACCUGGAAGCGUGUGUGGUGUCGGUGUUGCAGAUCCACGUCACCCAGCCUCCCGGAGACAUUCUGGUCUUCCUCACUGGACAGGAGGAGAUUGAAGCUUGCUGCGAGCUGCUGCAGGAGAGAUGCAGGCGGCUUGGUUCUAAGAUAGCAGAGCUGCUCGUCCUCCCCAUCUACGCCAACCUGCCGUCUGACAUGCAGGCAAAGAUCUUUAAUCCUACUCCGCCAGGAGCGCGUAAGGUGGUGGUGGCCACCAAUAUAGCAGAGACUUCAUUGACCAUAGAUGGCAUCAUCUACGUCAUUGACCCUGGCUUCUGCAAACAGAAGAGCUACAACGCCCGCACAGGCAUGGAGUCACUCAUUGUUACACCUUGCUCACGGGCUUCAGCCAAUCAGAGAGCAGGCCGAGCAGGCAGAGUGGCUGCUGGGAAAUGUUUCAGGCUUUACACAGCCUGGGCCUAUAAACAUGAGAUGGAGGAAACAACUGUGCCUGAGAUUCAGAGGACCAACUUGGGAAAUGUAGUCCUGCUGCUAAAGAGUCUAGGUAUUAAUGACCUCAUUCACUUCGACUUCAUGGACCCACCUCCUCAUGAGACUCUAGUCUUGGCUCUGGAGCAGCUCUACGCCCUGGGAGCCCUCAACCACAUGGGAGAGCUCACAAAGCUGGGUCGCAGAAUGGCUGAGUUACCUGUGGAUCCCAUGCUGAGUAAGAUGAUCCUGGCCUCAGAGCAGUACAAAUGCUCGGAGGAAGUGUUGACGAUCGCAGCCAUGCUGUCUGUAAACAACUCUAUCUUCUACCGUCCCAAAGACAAGGUGGUGCACGCCGACAAUGCCAGAAUGAACUUUGUGGUGCCCGGAGGAGACCACCUGGUGCUGCUAAAUGUCUACAACCAGUGGGUGGAGAGUGGUUAUUCCACACAGUGGUGCUAUGAGAACUUCAUCCAGUUCCGCUCCAUGCGAAGAGCCCGGGAUGUCAGGGACCAGCUGGAGGGUCUGAUGGAUCGCAUUGAAGUCGAGGUGGUCAGCUGUCAGGGAGACAGCGUGCCCGUUCGCAAGGCGGUGACUGCAGGAUAUUUCUAUCACACGGCCAGACUGAGCAAAGGAGGCUACAAGACUGUGAAGCACCAGCAGACUGUUUACGUGCACCCCAACAGCUCUCUGUUUGAGGAGCAGCCCCGCUGGCUCAUCUACCAUGAGCUGGUCUUCACCACCAAGGAGUUCAUGAGACAGGUGAUCGAGAUAGAGAGCGGCUGGCUGCUUGAAGUGGCCCCUCACUACUACAAGAGCAAAGAGCUGGAGGACAGCAGCAGCAAGAAGAUGCCCCGUAAGCAGGGCAAAACAAAAGAGGAGCUGGGCUGAAGUGAAGGUCAAGGCCGUCCACGGCAGAUACCAAGAAAAAAAAAAAGUGCUUCUCACUCAGGACAGGGUGACAGGACGAGGCGCACGAGUCUGAGUAAAAAUGGAAAACAUACCAUAUUUCUAAGCUGUAACUUGUUUUUUGACAGCGAUCGACUGUGUCAGUUGCAAAUUUGAACCGCAUUAUUCAAAUCACACCAGUAUUUUCAAAGAAGUUUCUAUUUUCAAAACGGAAAGAGAGAGAGAGGUCAAGUGAGAAGUGGACCACGCACCGACUCUGGUUUAAUCAUCAACCAGCCGACAGAGCUGGGUCUCCAAACAGGAAAAACGAACACACUUGGAUCUGUGUUCCCGCUCUGAUGGCAGCAGUGCGGACUCACCAGCUGGUUUGUGAAUCGGCACGUGACUGUUGUGCUUUGAGCGCGUGCCUCUGACCGCUCGCUUAUUCGCUCUGUGUCAAACUGUCACAGCUGGCACCCGAUUAAAGCACGCUCACGUGUGAGGCUCCUUUUCUUUUCUUGUUUUUGUUCUAUUUUUCUAUGGCAAUAAAGUUUUACAAUCGA